GCUAACCCAAUCCCAAAUCAAUCUUCCAUGGCGCCGGCGACCUUGCUACUGGCGAGACUGGCCGUGGCGUGCGCGCUGGCGCUCGGCGCCAUGGCGCAGCUGUCGCCGACGUUCUACGACGCGAGCUGCCCCAGCCUGCAGGCCAUCGUGCGGGCCGGGAUGGCCGCCGCCGUGCAGCAGGAGCCGCGGAUGGGGGCCUCCAUCCUCCGCCUCUUCUUCCACGACUGCUUCGUCCAGGGGUGCGACGCGUCCGUGCUCCUCGACGACUCGCCGACGCUGACGGGGGAGAAGAACGCGGGGCCCAACGCCAACUCCCUGCGCGGCUUCGAGGUCAUCGACUCCAUCAAGUCCCAGGUGGAGGCCGCCUGCCCCGGCACCGUCUCCUGCGCCGACAUCCUCGCCCUCGCCGCGCGCGACGGCGUCAACCUGCUGAGCGGUCCGACGUGGGCGGUGCAGCUGGGUCGCCGGGACACGCGCACGGCGAGCCAGUCGGCGGCGAACAGCAACCUGCCGUCGCCGUCGUCGAGCGCGGCGGCGCUGGUGUCGGCGUUCGCGUCCAAGGGGCUGGACUCGCGGGACCUGGUGGCGCUGUCGGGCGCGCACACGAUCGGCGCGGCGCGGUGCGCCACCUUCCGUUCCCGCGUGUACAACGACACCAACAUCAGCGCCGGGUUCGCGGCGAAGCGGAGGCAGAUCUGCCAGGCGCAGGCCGGGGCCAGCGACGGCAACCUGGCGCCGCUGGACGCCAUGAGCUCCGUCAGGUUCGACAACGGCUACUUCCGCAACCUCGUGGCCCAGUUCGGCCUGCUCCACUCCGACCAGGAGCUCUUCGGCGCCGGUGGCGGCGCCGUCGACUCCAUCACGGCGCAGUACGCGCGCAACGGCGCCGCCUUCUCGCGGGACUUCGUCACGGCCGUCCUCAAGAUGGGCAGCAUCGGCCCGCUCACCGGCUCCAGCGGCGAGAUCCGCGCCAACUGCCGGAAGCCCAACUAGACAGACGUCUACGUAUACCAUAGCAUAGACAGACAUCAGUGGCAGUGGUCAGUUUCGAGAUUCGUGCGACACGGACGGACGGUCUGGAUUCCUCGACAUGGCCAGCUAAGAGGGCCGUGGCUUUUUGCGUGGAAAGUGUGGAGUGCGUUGGAAGGGAGCGGCGGAGGCGAUGAUGAUUCCGGGCGAUUUGGUGGGUGGAGCGCCGCUGUCAGGACUAGUACUCAUUUCAGGGGAGAGGGGAGAGCUGGG